AUGCCAAUUGAUAUUAAUCUCCUUAGAACUGAUGCAGGAAGUGAUCCCAGUGUCGUUAAACUAUCAGAAGAAAGAAGAUUCAGAGAUCCUAAGUUGAUUGAUGAGAUUAUUGAAAUCGAUGAACAGUGGAGAAAAUUGACAUAUCAAGUCGAUAAACUCAAGAAAGAGCAUAAUGAUCUCUCUAAAGAAAUUGGAAAGAGAAUGAAGGAGUCAAAAGGAGAAGACAAAUGCGAGGAAGAGAAAAAAUAAUCAAAUGAGAUGAAAAUUGUAGUUGAGCAAACUGAAAAACAGAAGGAUGAGCUUACUCACCUUAGAGACAAGAAACUCGGUCUCAUUGGUAACUUGGUUUACUCAGAUGUCCCAAUCUCAAAGAAUGAGGAAGAGAAUCUAGUCACCUCAACAUGGGGAACCAUCCCAGAGCUUAAAGUUGAUGGAAAAACUCUUGGACAUUUACAUCAUCAUGAAAUCAUGGAAUGCUUAGAUAUGGUUGAGUUUGAAAGAGGCCAGAAAAUUGCUGGUCAUAGAGGAUAUUUCCUUAAGGGAAAUGGAGUCUUACUAAACUAAGCUUUAAUCAAUUUCGGUAACACAUUCUUGUCUGCCAGAGAAUACACAUCUCUUCAACCACCCUUCUUCAUGAAGUAAUCAAUCAUGAACGAAACUUGCCAGCUCUCAGAUUUUGAAGAGAAUCUUUACAAGGUACACGGUCAGUCAGUUGAUGAGCCAAUGUAUUUGAUUGCAACCUCAGAGCAACCAAUCUCAGCACUUCAUAGAAACGAAUGGCUCGAACCAGGUGAUCUCCCAAUCAGAUAUGCUGGUAUCAGUUCAUGCUUCAGAAAGGAAGCUGGAGCACAUGGAAGAGAUGUGUGGGGAAUUUUCAGAGUCCAUCAAUUCGAAAAAGUUGAAUAAUUCUGUAUCACUACUCCAGAGAAUUCAUGGGCAAUGCAUGAGGAGAUGAUCAAGAUUGCCGAGGAGUUUUAUCAAACUCUCGAACUUCCAUACAGAGUCGUAAACAUCGUCUCAGGAGAAUUAAAUGACGCAGCUGCCAAGAAAUACGAUCUUGAAGCCUGGUUCCCAGGAUAUGAUGCUUUCAGAGAACUUGUUUCAUGCUCAAACUGCACUGAUUUCUAGUCAAGAGGACUUGAGGUUAGAUUGGCUGUUAAGAACACCAAAGAAAAGUUAUAUGUACAUAUGCUUAAUGCUACUCUCUGCGCUACUGAGAGAACAAUGUGCUGUAUUCUUGAGAACUAUCAAACAGAAGAAGGUGUAAGAGUUCCACAAUGCCUAUAGCCAUUUAUGGGUGGAAAAGAUUUCUUACCUUACAACAAAAAAGCAGUUGAGAAGUUUAUGGAUAGAAAACAAAAGGAAGAAGCAAAGGAGCAACAGAAAAAGAAGAAGUGA